UUGAGCAAGUCGUGUCCAUGAGUCAUAAAGCCGAUGCAUUCGGAUUUCGUUAUGAGCGACGAAUCCUUGCACGUAUGAUGAGCGGUCUGAGAUGAAUGACGUCCUGCGAGCUGUGUUGUUAGUGGCUUGUUGCUUGCUUUGGGAGUGGUUGAUGAAACGGUCCGGAGAGCCUUAUCUCCAUCUUACAUUGAAUUGACUACGGCUGACUUCAGAAUAAUUAGUCUAACAUUCGGCCAUCGGAGCAAAUUAUGAGUCCGCCAUGCUUACGAGAGCGUUUUUCUAAGCUGGAGGCGCCAGUAGCGAGAGGAUGAUAAUCCAAAUAGGUAUAAGGGGAACUGUUUCCACGAAUUUGUGAAACUUGGAGAUAGAUUUUCCUCUUGAUUCUUGCAAUACCAUAUUGAGGGUCCUUGCGAAACUUAAGCAAUCUCGAUAGCCAUUCACUUUUGGGCUCUCUGGUUAUUGACGCAUCAUGGCGACUGAAGCCAACAGUCUUACAGAAGGCGCAUCGUCCGGAAAAGGUGACAAUCCUCCGGAUGAGCAUACAGCCAUCACCACCCCUCCAAAUGAGCAGACCAAACCAAACAGAGGCGGCCCUGUGAGGUGGUCACUCGUCGUCACCUCCCUGCUCAUCUCUAUCUUUCUUUUCGCCCUGGACAACACUGUAGUCGCGGACGUACAGCCCAGCAUCAUCGAAAGCCUCCAUAAUGUCGACAAACUCCCCUGGGUAUCGGUUGCGUUCCCGUUAGGUGCGAUAGCAAUGACUCUGCCUGUAGCUCGCCUUGCCAGCCUCUACGAUAACAAGUUGAUCUUCAUCAACGGCGUUCUACUCUUCGAGAUCGGUUCUGCCGUCUGCGGCGCAGCUCCGAACAUGACUGCCCUGAUCAUUGGCCGCGUCCUAUGUGGCAUGGGCGGUGUGGCCAUCUACAGCGGUGCCAUGAACCUGCUCUCCGUCCUCACAUCCGAAGCCGAACGACCCAUGUAUCUGAAUCUCACCGGUCUGACCUGGGGCGCGGGCACAGUCCUAGGUCCCAUUGUGGGCGGUGCAUUUGCCGAAUCGUCUGCGACAUGGCGCUGGGCCUUUUACAUCAAUCUCUGCGUCGGUGGGGCUUUUGCGCCUGUGUUCAUCUUCAUGAUCCCGUCAUUCACACCGAGGCCUGGCGAGGGCGUAUUCGCCAAAAUGAGGGAGAUUGACUGGUUGGGCGCGACGCUCAACGCGGGUGCACUUGUGUCGUUUGUCAUGGCCGUGUCUUUCGGCGGCGGCGUUUACGCGUGGUCCAGCGCCCAGAUCAUUGCGCUGUGGUGUGUGAGCGGUGUGCUCUGGAUUCUGUUCGUCCUGCAGCAAGCCUUCGCCAUCACCACCACGAAGGUAAACCGCAUCUUCCCCGUCAAGCUGAUCAAAGACUAUGAGAACGUCAUCUUCUUCAUGGAGAUCGCCGCUGCGACGACUGUGGUGUACAUCCCGCUCUACUACAUCCCGAUCUUCUUCCAGUUCGUUCAUAACGACUCACCUCUCGAAGCAGGCGUGCGUCUACUGCCUCUCGUUGCAUUCCAGGUCUUCGGCGUCAUUCUAUGUGGCUCGCUGUCCAACGCUGUUGGCUACUACUUCCCCUGGUACAUCGUCGGCGGCGCCCUAGGCGUCAUCGGUGGCGGGCUUUUCUACAGCAUCGGCAUCGACACCUCUGCCGCAGCCGUCUACGGCUACUCGGUGAUCUUAGGACUGGCGGCCAUGUACGUGCAGUGUUCGUUCUCUGUCGUGCAGCUCAAGAGCACGCCGCGCGAGAUACCGGAUGCGGUCGCGCUGAUCUCGCUGGGCCAGAUCGCCGGUGUGACAGCAGCGCUUACGAUCUCGUCGAGUGUGUUCCUAAAUCAGGCGAGUGGGCGCAUUGCCGAGGCGUUUCCACAGUUUGCGCGCUCGCAGGUCGUCGGGGCGAUCACCGGGGCGCGCGGCGAGUUUAUCCAGAUGUUGACUGAGGCACAACGAAGGCGUGUGUUGGAGAUUAUUGUGGAUGUUAUCAGUCGAUUGUAUGGGAUGGUGAUUGCCGCGGGCGGAUUUUCGAUUGUGUUGGCGGUCUUUAUGAGGCGCGAGAAGCUGUUCUUUGCGGCGCCGAAGCCGGCGGAUGAGGAGAGUGGGCCGAAAGAGAAGGAGAAUGUACACGCAGAGGUCAAAUCGAUUGUGCAUGAUGCGGAGCUCGCGAGGGACGACGAGAGCAAGAAGAGUCAGAAUUGAUGACGACGGGGCCUCUUGAGAGGUACCCCUUUUUACAUACCGGUGGCUGUUUUGCUUAACGUAGACCAUACCAAGAAUUCGUAAUAUGGUGCUCUAAUACCUGAUAGCAUUCUUAUCCAAGCUUUGACA